UGGAAUAAAAUGGACGAUGCUAAAUAAAUUGGAAAAAGAGGAGAAGCGACGUAUGGGCACCGUUCUGCUGUGCUCAUUUUAGACAUUUUCACUUCUAGUUGAAGCUCUUAUUAGUAGUAACACAUAAACCUCUCUGCUUCUCUCUCUCUCUCUCUCUCUCUCUCUCUCUCUCUCUCUCUCUCUCUCUAUAAGUAGUACUCCUAUGUAACAUAAUUCUUGUAAGUCUAUACAAGUAAUACAAUACACUCCUGCUCCCGUCUAUAUAUCUGUUUGGGUUUUCUAUUGAAAAUCCAAACAGAAAAAGAUCAAGACAGCGAAAGCAGAGAGAGACAGAGGGAGGGAGGGAGAGAGAGACAGAGAGAAUGGGGAGAGGUAAGGUGGUGUUGGAGAGGAUAGAGAACAAGAUCAACCGGCAAGUGACGUUCUCGAAGCGGCGGAGUGGGCUGAUGAAGAAAGCGUACGAGCUCUCCGUCUUGUGCGACGCGGAGGUGGCUCUGAUCAUCUCCUCCAGCCGCGGCAAGUUCUCCGAGUUCGGAAGCACGAGCAUAAGCCAAACAAUUGAGCGUUACCGGCAGCAUUGUUACGCAGCUCAAGUCAACAAUGCUCAUGGGCAUGAACCAGAGUGUUCGAGGCAAGAGCUCACAAGGCUAGAGGCCACAUACGAAUCCCUUCUGCACACACAAAGGCAUUUGCUAGGAGAAGAUCUUGGAAAACUUGAUGUGGAUGAUUUGCAAAAUCUUGAGAAACAGCUGGACCGGGCGCUCUCAAAAGCAAGAGAAAAGAAGACAAAUAUGCUGAUGAAGCAAAUGGAAGCAUUACGCGAAAUGGAGCAUGGUCUUGAAGAGAGAAAUAAGCAGCUCAAAGCAAAGCUUGAGGAAGAAGAAGAAGAACAUGUUCGAGCUAUUCAAGGUUUAUGGACUUCUAGUUUCGCAGUUGGCAACACUGGUAUUCAGGUGCAACCUGGUCAUGAUCAGCCCGACUUAAAUUUUGGGGGUAGAAUUGUCCUGUCAAAAGAAGCAACGACCCUGCCUGAAGACAACUGCAACCUUCCUCAUGAAUGGCUUCUUUGAAAGGGAGGAAAAAAAGAAGGAAAGAGGCAAAAAAAAAAGGGUUCUGUGUUUAAUUAAUUAGUAACCAGAAAAAGGAAAAUAAACGAAAAGAUUGUGUGUUUGCAUGGCUUGACUAUUGGAAUCAACCUCAGACUUCAGUGUGUCAAUCGUUUGAAAUGUUUAUAUUUUUUUGAUUUGAUGACAAAAAAGCAUCAGCUAGUGUCUCUCUAGUGUGCUUACUGAUCAGAUCGAGGAGGAACAUGUUGGAAGGAUUCGGAUUCUCACUGGCCCAUGUUUUGGAAUUGAAGAGACAAUUCUGAUUUAGACCGUCCAUUAAUAGAUUCAAUGAUUCGAAUUUUCUCAUAAAAUCUUACCGGUAAGAG